CAUGCUGCUUGCGCUGCCUGCCCCUGUCAGUCUUGCCGACGCCUGUCUGCGCCAUGUGUGUCGUGUCUCUUCGCCUGUCUACUGAGGCGAGGGCAAAAGAGGAUCAGAGACACCAUGGUAUAUUUCGUAACCUACCUUUUCGAGUCGGUGGCUGUUUGGCUGUUGCUUUGCUGUCGUGGCUGUUGCUCUGCUGUCGUGGCUAUAAUGUCUCUUUUCUGCUUCCAAGCUGAGACAUCAUAGCAUUUGAUGCCCUUGGUACUUGUCCCACCUCUCUCGGCGCUCCUUAGCAAUCUGACGAAACAAACGAACGCACACGCGCCCACAUGACGCUAUUGCUGACUCGACCACUCACCGCAUGUGGGGCUGCUGGCUGGGAUGAGAUAUGUAUGUGUGCGUCUUGUGGUCGGUGCCGAACAGGCUGAGGGAGGGAGAGAGCGUCACGCAUAAGGAAAAUCCCGACGAAUAUAAAAUGUAUUCGGCGAUCUGAUGAAACAUAACAUGACAGGAGACACAAGUAGGAUGACAUGAAGAAAGGACAUGUACAUCGGGCGGAGGGCGACGUGCCGGAGGGCGUCAGCCGUUGUUGUUGACCACCUGCGCCAUCAAUUAAGUCUUCAUCCUGCAUCUCAGUGGCAGCCACAUGGUAUGGAGGGCAUCGGCGUUUGUAAUGGCUCACCUGCUGGUACUUGUCCCGCCUCUCUCAGCGCCACUCAAUAAUCUGACCAAACACACGAAAGCGCCCACUCUCUCGUAUGCACAUGGAUGCUCUCUCUCUCUCUCUCACGGAUGGAUGGACACACGUAGGAAGUGAUGCAUGAAGGUACGUAUGGCGUGACGCCGCUCUCCCCUCUCCAAGUAGGCUCUCACGUGCACACAAUUAAUCAAGCGCAGCCAGGCAAAUGGACCACGCAAAUUGCAGCCAGGCAAAUGGCAACGCGGCAGACAGACCACACACUUGAAAAAUCACCAAGGCGCUCUCCCGUCCCAUGCACGCAGACCACACAUCACCCCACCCAACCCAAACGCACACACCCCUCCCUCCCUCCCUGCCGUCCUCCUGUCCAUCCAUCCAUCCAAAACUAAGGAAUCUCUCGCGACUCCCUCGCUAGCUGCCUACAUGUGUCGCUGCUGGUUGUGUGUAUGGGUGGGUGGAUUGUGUGAUGCAUUACACGAGGCAGCCGGACAUGCACCAUGCAAAGGGGCUGGGCAGCGCGAACCAGCCCCAGCACCCUUUUCUCCCUUCCCCAUCCCCCUCUAUCUUGACCUCCCUCUCCCUCCCCUCCCACAUCCCCUGAGCCGCCUCGCCCUGGUCGGCCACCAGGUGCACCGCGCCGUCGACGCCCACCGGCAGCCGGAUGGACUCGUCGGUAUCGCACCUGAUCACCUGUUCCAGACACACACGAGGCACUUGUGUCGGCCCUCCAACACAAGUAUGUGCACUUACCGAGAUCCAGCAGCCGGGUGACUGGCAGGUCAAGGUCCAGAGCACUCUGAAUCCUCACCAAGGCCACCACCUACGCCACACGCGCUCCCAGAUAACACACUGGUUUGGAGAACAAUCUGCCAGUGAGCCCCUUCACACCUCCAUCUCGCAGCGCUUCGAGACGAGGUGAUAUAGGGCAAACCUCAGGUAACGUGCACGCGUCGCCCCAGUGUCCAUGCGCUUGCCCAGGGCAGCAGCUACUUGCCCACGGCGAGCGCCCAAAUGCUGGCUGGUCCUGCAACACACACACCAUGACGGACCUGCUGUAUGAAAAGCGAACGGCGUCUUAACGUACCGGUCAUGGGUUUGUGGUGUUGAUCUGCUCGCACCGCCGCUGCAGUGUGUGCUCCUCGAGCAAGCGGCGGCGCUCCAGGAUCUGGUUGCGCAGCUUAUCCCUCUUCUCGAUCAGGGUGGGCAGCUUAUCCCUCUUCUUCUCUUCCUCCUGCAUCUGAGUGACAGACAGGUCAGAAGCAGCCAUGUGUUGUGUGUGGUGUUGGGAUGCGUGUUAUCGGUGGGUCUGUGCGGGGGUCACCUGCCGGUAUCUCUCCUGCAUCUCUAGGGCUCCUUGACGAUCUGAGCGACCGAACGAAUGCACACACGUACAUGCGAGGAUUGAUGAAUGCAGCGGGGUGGUGCUGUGCUCUUGGUGUACCGGGUCAGACGGGUCGCCAUUCUCCAGUCGCUCGAGGUCCUUCUUGAUGGCCGUGUAGGCCUCAACCAAGGCCUGGAAGUCCUCCUUGCGACCCUGCUUGUCCGUGUGGGUUUUCUGCAGACACAUACACAUCCGUCCGCCAAGAUGUGUCCAAUCAUUCGUAUCGGUUUGCAGUGCGUACCAGGGCGCCUUUGUGAUAUGCCUUCUUGACCUCAUUCAGCGGGGCGCACGGAUGCACGGGCAACUUCUCGUAGAACCCCACGUAUUCGGAACCGACGAAUCCCGUGCGGCCGUCGGCACGCGUGAUGGGCAUGCUGGCUCUUUCUCCCGGCAGGGCAGCAACUGCUGCGGUGUGCAGGAAUGCCAACAUCUUGCACACUCUCCCUCGCUUGCGGGUACGAAGCAU